AUGGUAGUUUUAUGUUGGAAGGUUUUGAUUCUGAGCGAAAAGCUUCAUUCAGUCACUUUACAGUUUGAUCAGCUUAGAGCUACUCGUUUCCAAGAUAUUAUUAACCGAGCUUUGCAAGUGCAGUUCAUACAACUCUGGCCAAGAGGAACGCAAAGGAUGCAAGUGCUUCCGGAGGCCAUAGAACCAGAUGAAAUUCAAGCCCAGCCUCGUAGAAUACAACAACAACAACAGCUUUUAGACGAUGAAACACAAGCCCUUCAGGUGGAGCUAAGUAAUCUUUUAGAUGGUGCGAGGCAGACGGAGACUAAGAUGGUGGAGAUGUCUGCAUUGAACCACUUGAUGGCAACUCAUGUUCUGCAACAAGCCCAACAGAUAGAGUUUCUAUAUGACCAGCUGUGCUAA